CAGCCCUAUCAUGUGCCCUUCCUACUUCCGGCAGCUCUGCGUCACUUCCGGCGCGGGGCGCAGCGAGGAGAAGAUGGCGGCGCUGGGUGAGCCGGUGCGGCUGGAGCGAGACAUCUGCAGAGCAAUUGAGUUGCUGGAAAAAUUGCAGAGAAGUGGAGAAGUGCCACCACAGAAGCUGCAGGCAUUGCAAAGGGUCCUUCAAAGUGAAUUCUGUAAUGCUGUAAGGGAGGUGUAUGAACACGUAUAUGAAACUGUGGAUAUCAGCAGUAGCCCAGAAGUUAGAGCUAAUGCAACAGCAAAGGCCACUGUAGCUGCGUUCGCUGCUAGUGAAGGUCAUUCCCAUCCCAGAGUGGUUGAACUACCCAAAACCGAAGAAGGCCUUGGAUUCAACAUCAUGGGAGGCAAAGAACAAAAUUCUCCAAUCUAUAUCUCUCGAAUUAUCCCUGGUGGUAUUGCUGAUAGACAUGGAGGCCUGAAACGUGGAGACCAGCUACUUUCUGUAAACGGAGUGAGUGUUGAAGGUGAACACCAUGAAAAAGCGGUAGAACUGCUGAAGGCAGCUCAAGGAAAGGUUAAAUUAGUUGUGCGAUACACGCCAAAGGUCCUGGAAGAAAUGGAGUCAAGAUUUGAAAAAAUGAGAUCAGCAAAACGCAGGCAGCAAAAUUAACAUUGUAUGCAAUAACUUAAAGAGAAAAUACAUCCCAUUUACGUUAUGUAGUUUGCUUUCUGACUCAGUUGAUCCAGCGUCUGGGCGACAAAAGACACUGUCGUUUUCGUGGAAUCACAGAAUAAUUGUGGUUGGAGGGACUCCUGGAGAUCACUUUGUCUAACCUCCCUGGUUCAGAAGAGGGUUGGCUAGAGCAGGUUGCUCAGGACUGUGACAGGCUGGGUUUUUGAGCAUCUCCAAAGACGGAGACUCCAGAAGAUCUCUGGGCAAUCUGUUCUAGUGUUUUGAUCUCCCUCACACUACAGAAGUCUAUUCUUAUAUUUUAAAUGGAGUUUCCUGUAUUUCCAUUUGUGCCCGUUGCUUCUUGUUCAGUCACUGGAUGCUACUGAGAGGAGUCUGGUUCUCCUUUUUACUCCUCCCUAUCAGGCAUUUACACACACUGGUAAAACAUCCCUGACCCUUCUCCAGGCUAGACAAUCCCAGUUCUCUUAGCUUCUCCUUGUCUGCCAGACGCUCUAUCGCUUAAUCACCUUGUGGCCCUUUAUUGGACUCGCAUUUGCAUGCCCAUGUCUGUAUAGAACUAGGAAGCCUGAAACUCAGCCAAGCACCGGAGUUGUGUCUCACCGGGGCUGAGCAGAGAGGAAGAAUCACCUCCCUCACCUUGCCAGCCACGCUUUUCCUGAUGUAGACCAACAGACUGCAAAGUUGCUUUGCAGCUGCUCAGCCCCCGCAGCCUGUGCUGGUGCAUGGGCUUAUUCCUCCCCAAGUGUUAGGACUUUGCACUUUCCUUUAAUUAACUUCCGGAGAUCCUUGUUUGCCCACUUCUCCAGCCUGCCAAGGUCCCUUUGAAUGGCUCGCUGAGAGCGCGCUCUGUCCUGUCACCCGUGUUGUUAAUGAAAAUUUCAAACAGUGUGGACCCCAGUACAGACCCCUCGGGUGCAUCAGUAGUGACUGACAUCCAGCGGGACUUUGUGCCACUGAUUGCAACAACGCUUGGCAGUUCAGCCAUUUUUAGAAUGUUUUCAGUCUCCAUGCGUUUCCCAGUUUGAGGAAUGUGUACUUUUAAAAUGUUCUGAAAAAAGCAUAUAUACUGAUGUUUCUAUUGAUUUAUUUUUUUUAGCGAGUCUCUUUUAUGUUGGACCUUUAAAUAUGAAAGUGAAUUUACAGAUUUUUCAAAGGCAUUUAAGAAGACUUAUUUCUGUAAUUGGUAUCCUUUUUUUCCUGUUUUCUUUUGGCAUUACUUAACAUAGAAUCUGCAGGGGUUAUUUUGCUGAAUGAUUUUGGGGAAAAAACAAUUCUUAUGUAGCAGUAUUUUGGCACUUUUCUUAAGAAUAUGUUGUACAUCAACUACAAAACCUAAUCAUGAUCUGCUGUAGCUGAUAACGAUACCAGAUUUUGUAAUGUUUUGGUGACUACGUUAUUUUUACACUUCUGCUAAAUCGUAAUUGGUUAUUCUGGAAAUUGUAUUACCUCACCUGUAAAUAAUUUACAGUUGGUGUUCUCAUAUAAUGAUUUUGUAAUAGCUGACUUUUACAAAUUUGCAACAAUCAUUCCUGUGACUUAUAUUAUUUUGUACUAAUUCUAAAACAGUAAGGGGAAAACUGUAACUGUGUGUGCGGUUCUGGAUUGACACUCUAGAUGUAUUUUUUAUAUCCAGAAACGGAAGAUGCAUUAAUGCAGUGCAAAAGAAUUCCAGAUGUUUCCCUGAUUUUCUGCUGUUUGCAAGAGGUAUUCAUCUUAAUUGUCAUACCUCUCUCGUGGUUUUUAGUAUGUGCUAUUGUAGUCUUAUCUACAGACUGGCUGUAUUGGUCUUGGAAUAGUUAGUACCUGUAUUACUGAUUAUUACAUUUACAAGACUAAAACGUUCUGAGUCUUAUAUGCCAGAUUACCCUGACGUGUGAGCUUGUCCAGGGUUUUAUUACUGACUGCUUCUGACUUGGAGAUUCUUGUUUGUACUACAGAAGUUAUUAACAUCACCACUGCUAUAAAACUUGAUGUGGAAUGGUGCUGUGCCGGUUAUAAGGAAAUCUCCAACUCUAAGUGAUUGUCUUGUUUCAAGCGUGGUUGAUGGUGGCACAGUUUUUGUGUGCCAUUCUGAAGAAGAUUUCUGGGCAGAGGUCCACUUCUUGGAAUCUACCAGGUUUGAGGCUGUACUUGUGUAGUUUAGGGUUUGGGUUUGGGUUUAAAACUUCACCUUUUGGUAUAUGUCUAGAAUUAACUUGAUUGCCUACUGGGGCCUGUUGACUUGUAUGGCAGCUAGGAGUGCAUCCUCAUUGAUUAGUAAUUGGAUUCUUAGCAGCUUAGACUGAAAAGUGCAGUUCUUAUGAUGUGACUAAUCCCUAGUCUUUUCACAUGGAGCAGUAUAGUCCAUUGUGAAAUAAUUCACUAUGGGAAAGGAACGAAAAGGUUAGCAUUCUAAAAAUGACAGCAUGAAAUUCGUGCUUUGUCAGUUGAUCUACUGGAAGAGAAAAAAAAUGUGAUUGCUAUGGGCAAGUGAGAAAUGUGGUUGCUUUCUGCAUGUUUGUAAGCAUGAUAAGCCUGCAAAGAGAAAUUUGGAUUUUAAAGAUACUGAUAGUUUGAAAAGGCAGUAUAAAUAUUUAUCAGUUAGAUGACAUUGAGCACUGAUUUGCAUGGUUGAUAUCUGCCAUAGGCCUCUUUCAAAAGGUCUCACGGUACCAAUACAACCAUGUUGUUGAAUUGUAUAUUUUUAUGGAAAAGCUAAUGUUUAAAGUAUUGAGACCAAAAUCACUAGUUAGACCAAUUGUGGAUGUGUUUUAAUUUAAUUGUAAAAUAGUAGAGAUUUGUUUUAGAUAUAUAUAUAAAUAUAUAUAUAUGAAAGAACAGUAUGGAUACAGGACAGAAAUGUGUUUUAAAUCCUAUAUCCCUUGUCUUACUGAACAAAGAGGUGUGUUUUGUUACUGGAGGAAAAUAGUUACUCUAGUGCAGCUGAAGCUGCUAAAUGAGUAGCAUUUUCAUUCUGAAUUGUAGCAUUUGGAUACAGUUUGUCAACUACAGCGAUGUGGGGAGGUGGAUCUGGACAUAUAAAUUGUGCACGUGGAGGUCAAUGAAAAGUUUUAAAAUAGCAACAAUAAAAACAAUCCAAUAAACGAACAACUUGUUAACAGUCAUCUUUAAUACUCUGAAAACCCUGCAAUAUUAAGGAAAGGAUGGAUUGAAAUAUGCCAAGAAACUUGAUCUGUUUCUACUGAGCAGUGCCUGUACUGUUAAAAUGCAGUCCCUACACGCUUGGCAUACUUGGGUAUGCAAACAGAUCAAGAAGAGGUAUGAUUUCUGCAGAUAACUUCUGCAUCUAUUGCUGCUGUGAGGGAUCUUUGGGGCUUAUCAACAGAAAAAUAAAAGCUAAAUUCCAUGUGCAUUGUGUUUGUGCAUUUUUCUUCUGACUUUCCAUUUUGAGUACUGUUUUCAGACUGCUGUGAUUGUGUGUUUAUAAUCACUAGGGUAUAACAUAAACACCCUGCCUGUGUGGGGGCAUCUGAAGAGAAAAACUUUAAAUCUCUUAUUAGUUUGUUCUCCUGAUUGCUUAUGGAUCUUCCCUUUGUGACUCCAAUGUCUUGUGAUUUGUUGGAGAAGAUAAUUAGAGUGCUAUAAAUCAUCUAAAAUACCUUGGAGCUCCUGCAUUUUUGAGACCUCCUUAGUCUCGUCUGCAUAAACUUACAUCAUGCAUAAUGUUCUGAGUCAGUUAUUAUCUCUUAAUUGUUUGACGCAAGUGUCUCAAAUAAUGAGUUGUUGAAUUUCUGUAAUUCCCUGUUUAAAGACCUCAUAAGGUUGUCAGCUUCUCAGGAAAAUGUGCCUGGAGUUAUGAACUGGGAUAAAGGUAGGAGAAAGUGAUUCAAUGGUGAUGGUAAAAAGACGUUUUAAGAAUGUAUGUAGGCUGCAGUACAAAUACAAAAUGUAUGCCAAAAGGACUAAUAACACAUGAACCAGAAAUAAAAACACAUUUUCAAUUUUAUUUUAAAAUCCAAUCAUUUCCAUGAUCUGGCUUGCGCAGUGGCCAUCUCUGUUCUUCUAAAUAUGUGGUUCACACUCUGAAACUGAAUUUCAAUGUAAGGGUUAUAACAGUGAAACAAAGACUGAUGGAAGUUAAUUUAAUUUCAUAAUGUAAAAACCCAGUAGUUUAUUUACCUUAUUGCAAUUACAGGCUUAACUGAUUUUAAAACAAUUUAAAAAGUUGGUGGAACAUACUUCAUUCCUGAUUUCAACUGUGAUCUAGUUGAAUAUCCAACUAGAUAUCCAAAUAAGCUGGAAAAGUAUUUUGUCCAAGCUAGUAUCCUACCUUAGACAUGCAUGGAUUGAGAGAAUCAAACCUACUC